CCUCACAAACUCCCUCCCGCUUGGCUUGCUCCUUUGCAGCCUGAGGUGUUAGCUCGGGCCCCUCGCAAUGCCCCAUCGAAACGCCGGGGAAUCCUUUUCUGACUCCCUUUAGGUCUUAACUGCACAAUGAAUAAUGAUAAGUUCCCCCAGCUCAGUGCGCCCCUUACCUGCUGGCGACCAGAUCCAAAGCUUAAAUUCCUAGUCCGAGCCUCACUUCCGGUCGCUCCAGAGCGUUGGUCUCCCGCCUAGAUCCCGCCCAAUCCGUCCCUGGAGUACUUUCACAGGAAGAGUCCUGCCAAGAUGUCUAUCGGUGUGCCGAUUAAAGUCUUGCAUGAGGCUGAGGGCCACAUCGUAACAUGUGAGACCAACACUGGUGAGGUGUAUCGAGGGAAGCUCAUUGAAGCAGAGGACAACAUGAACUGCCAGAUGUCCAACAUCACAGUCACCUACAGAGAUGGCCGAGUGGCGCAGCUGGAACAGGUAUACAUACGCGGCAGCAAGAUCCGAUUUCUGAUAUUGCCUGACAUGCUGAAAAAUGCACCCAUGUUAAAGAGUAUGAAAAACAAGAACCAAGGCUCGGGGGCUGGCCGAGGGAAAGCUGCUAUCCUGAAGGCCCAAGUGGCUGCCAGAGGAAGAGGACGUGGCAUGGGGCGUGGAAACAUCUUCCAAAAGCGAAGAUAACUUUCUCUGUGAAGAGAAUUUUGUCCCUUUCUCUUAGGUUAUUGGAGAUUGGGGGGUGGGGGGGCUACAUGUGCAUAUGUCGUAGAUUUUCUUUUGGUAUUUCUCUUUGUAUCAGAAACUGUUAAGUUUAAUAAAACUGGUUGUUUUGUGGUUUGUUUAUGUGAGGGUUUGUUUUGUUUUUAAGGAAAUAAGAACUCUGUGUUCAUUCUGUAGUUUGCUUUGGCAGCAGGUUAAAAUCUGACACCCUUGGACUGGGAGAAUGCCAGUACUUUUCAAAUAGCAGUUAUUGAUAAGCGGUUAGGUGCUGUUGAGGCCAGUGAGAGCCUCGGAGAAGGCUAACUUGGAGAGGCUCCAGGAACUGUGUUAUCUUUGACACGUGCACUCAGUGUGGCACUUUGCUCAGUUAACCUUUGUGGAACACCAUCAGCCUGACCUGGGAAGAUAGCUCAGACUCUGAUCGGUACUCUAGUUACCCCAGCCCCUCAGCAUUGGAGGACGGGCUUCUGAUACUAAAAAGUAAUCCAGAGGCUCCUGGAGGACCCCAUCUGUGGCUCCUCUGCUGGCUCCACACAGCACAUUAAUUAUUAACAUGAGGAAGAUAACAAGGGAGGAUAAAGUAUGCAGAGUGAGUAUUUGACAUAGACACAAAUGGGGAAAACAGCCUGAAUCACUCAGCUAUUGGAAAGAAAGUGUUGCCAAAGGUUCAUUCUGGGAUGAGCUGUAGCAGAAACCCUCAAGAGGAAAGGGGUCAGUCACUCUUUGUUUAUUUGGUCACUUCUUAGAUUUGUAGUACUCUUGAGAUCCUCGGCCUAAGUUUGUUUGUUUAUUUAUCUAUUUGGCCGUAUUCCUUUGCCACACAGCUGCAAUGGAUCACCUUACAGGCUUCCUUUUCAGUAGUUUCAUGACAGCUUUAAUAAUUAAUUGAUUUGUUACCUCCCCCAACUUGACAUGCAUUGGCUCUCUCCUUGGGGUUGGAAUCAAGCAUGAGCUUGCAGCAUUAGUAGGCAAGCUCCACCCAGUAAGCCAUCAUGGAUGAGCGUAGUCACUCGCUGCUUGUGUGGUGAAAUGCUAACAUCCUUACACACCAGCAGUAAUGCCUUCUACUCUCAGCCAUGGUUGUGGGUUGCAAAAAGCAGGGGUGAGGUGGAGAGGGCAGUGGAAACGGUUUCUCUCUAGUCCUUCCUGGCUAAGUAAUCCUACUUGCUCUGUACACCAAGAGGCCUCAAAUUCAGAGAUGCACUUGCAUCUGCUUCCCGAGUGCUGUGAGUAAAGGUGUGUGCCACCAUGCCCAGCUAAAAGCAAAACCUUGAUUUCACCCUAGCCUUUGCCUCUGUAGAACUCCAUUCAGAAGGGACAGACUGAGUCUUCCUUUCUAACAGGAUCUACUUUGUGUUGGAAACCACUUCUUUCAGGUUGUGUGUGUGGUACACAACCCCAGCACUCAAGAGGCAGAGGCAGGUGGAUGUCUGUGAGUUCAGGGCUCGCUACUUAGUUCCAGACCAGCCUGGGUUAGAUACCUUUCCUAAAAGAUUUUUUUUUUAAGUAUAUUUAAAGUUACAGAUAUUGUGAGUUUGGGUUUUUGUGGGUUUUUUUUAAUACACUUUUGUUGAGGAUGCAUGCCAGCACACAUGUGGAAGUCAGAGGACAGCUUUUGGGAGUUGGUUCUUCUAUACCUCUUGGGAAUCAAACUUAGGUUGUCAGGGUUUCCCUUGCAAACAAUAAGCAAUUCUGCCCGUCUCCCUCAUUUUUUUCUUUCUGCUUUCAACUCAACUGAUUCCCCUCUAGUGUGUCCAUGUGCUUACUCCUGCUGUCCCAUUUUUCUACAUUAUCUUGGAUUCCUUCUCCUGGUUAUUGUGUGUAUUCCUCAUUACCUGUCUUCCUGAUUGUAAUUCUACUACUGCCAUAUUGGUUGAUAGAUUGUGACUGGUUAAAGUCUUACUGGUGAGCCACGGAGUAGAUUGCUGAAGAACUUUCUUUCCCAAGGAGUAAUCAUAUCCUUGCCAAUACUCCUCUCGGUUUUAGUUUCUGUAUAUUCCUAACUCAAAUAAAGGCCUUGAGUCAUUA